ACGACCCGCGGCGACGGCGACGACUUGUGGCGCGAACGGACAACAGAGAGAAGAGCGAGCCGGCCGGCGCCGGGGGCGGCGCCGAUGGGCACGGCGUCGGUGCACAAGAGCUGGCGCAAGGCGUGCGGCGCCAUCAAGGACUCCGCCACCGUGGGGCUCGCCAAGGUGAACGGCGGCGGCCGCGAGCGCAAGGACCUCGACGUCGCCGUGGUCAAGGCCACCACCCACGUCGAGCGACCGCCCAAGGAGCGCCACCUCGCCGCGAUCUUCGCCGCCACGUCCGCCUCCCGCCCGCUCGCCGACGUCUCCUACUGCGUCCACGCGCUCGCCAGGCGCCUCGCCAAGACCCACAACUGGGUGGUCGCUCUGAAGACGCUGAUCGUCAUCCACCGGACGCUGCGCGACGGCGACGCCGCGUUCAGGGAGGAGCUGCUCAGCUACCGGCGCAAGGGCCACGCCCUGCAGAUGUCCAACUUCAAGGACGACUCCAGCCCGCUAGCAUGGGACUGCUCGGCAUGGGUGCGAACGUACGCGCUGUAUCUCGAGGAACGGCUCGAGUGCUUCAGAGUUCUGAGAUACGACAUCGAGUCGGAGCGGCUGAGACCUGCAGAGGGAAACCCCGAGGGCCAAAGUAGAACAAGGACCUUAGGCAAGGAUGGCCUCUUGGAACACCUCCCUGCAUUGCAGCAGCUGCUCUUCCGGCUUGUCGGCUGUCAGCCUGAAGGGGCAGCUUUUGGGAACUACCUAAUACAGUAUGCCCUGGCUCUGGUGUUGAAGGAAAGCUUCAAGAUAUAUUGUGCAGUAAAUGAUGGGAUCAUUAACCUUGUGGAUGUGUUCUUUGAUAUGACAAAACUUGAUGCUAUCAAAGCCCUGGACAUCUAUAAAAGAACAGGGAAUCUGGCAAAAUCUCUUUCUGACUUCUACGAGCUCUGCAGAGGUCUGGAGCUAGCCAGAAACUUCCAAUUUCCAAUUCUGAGAGAGCCACCAGCAUCAUUUCUUGGAACAAUGGAAGAGUACAUCAGAGAAGCCCCUAGAACUGCUCCGGUUCCAAAUGGGACCAUAGAGUACCGGCAGCUAGAUUUCGUUCCUUACCAGGAAGAAGAAGAAGAACAAACCCCUGAACCUAUGUCCGAGGUGUUUGACGAACCUGUUGCGGAGGAAGUUCCUCCUGAACCUGAAGAAGAACCUCAGUUUGCAGAUGACUACGACGAAGAUGAGCCUGAAACUCUGACAACUGCCGAUUUACUGGGCCUGCAUGAAGUAAACCCUGCCGCUGCUGCACUUGAAGAGAGCAAUGCGCUGGCUCUGGCCAUAGUACCACCAAGCGGUUCAAACAACACACCUGCCAUCAGCUUCGGCGAGAUAAGUGCAGGAUCAUCAGGCUGGGAGCUAGCUCUGGUCACAGCACGGUCCAGCACCAGCGCCAGCAGCCAGCUGACAGAAAGCAAGCUGGCGGGGGGCUUCGACAAGCUGCUGCUGGACAGCUUGUACGAGGACGCCGCAAGGAGGCAGCAGCUGGCGGCCAUGGACGCGUCCCAGCAGAACGACCCGUUCGCCAUGUCCGUCGGCGUCGCGCCGCCGACCGGCGUGCAGAUGUCGGUGAUGGCGCAGCAGCUGCAGCAGCAGGCCAUGCUCGGGAUGCCGCAGCAGCUCCAGUUCAACCCUUUCGUCGAUGCCUACUCUGCUGCCGCGUUGGCGUCGUCCCAGGGCGCCCCUUUCCAUGGGAGCGGCAGCUUGAUCUGAAUGAUUCGAGCUUGAAAUCCAGUUCAGUCUGCGUAGAUGUCCGCGACUCUUGGCUCGAGUUGUAUGCAGACUAUUUGCUUCUUUUUUCUCAACUCGGAUUAUGAUUUUGCCAGACUCUCUGGUGGGAUGGUUGAAAACUUGAAAUGGAUCACUGUUCGU